GAUGACAGUGUCUUGUAAAUCAGCCAACUCCACACAGCUUUAUGUGCAGCUGGUACUGUAAGUGUCCAUGUUUCUAGUUGAGGCUGUGCGAUAUGCGGCGACCCCCCGACGGUGAUCCUACGUUGGCUAGAUUGCGGACGCUGAUAGAAAUCUGAGUGUGCAAUAGCUUCGUGUGGUAUGUGCUAACCUUCGAGUUGGACACACGUCGAAACUAAUCUCUUCUGGUUUGUUCGCAUCGCAGAUUCAACUUCUUACUCUUGAGUCGCGAGUCUAGCCGCCUCACCCACGGAAACUGAACUCGCUCCUCAGGUUUACGUAUUUGAUCACCGGCGGCAUCUUGACAAUGAUGUCGUGCCUGUAUCUUGAGACCAUCAAAAUAUCAAAAUUACGAGUUUGAGAUUGCCAUCGCAGACCACUCUGACUCCAAACGCAUAUAAACUCGAUGAUGCAUAAUCCAUCCAUUUACACACUUCACGGUAUUCCACUGCUGCGAGCUCAAUGCCAUCUCUGGGUAAACGAUUCAGCUUCAAAAACAUUAAGCGACGCUUUAAUAGUGAAGACAAAGGCAGUAAUCCUAAGGACCGCUCGCCCUCUUCGUCACCCUUCAAAGGUUUUGAAUCUCUUCCUCCCGACGUCGAGAAAGGGGUGUCAGAAUCGUCAAUUACUAGGAGCAUGGACUGGAACGCAGAGCCUUCCAAUGGAACAAAGUCAACGGAGGAAUUUGGUCCUCAUUCGAGCCGUGUGGAAAGCUCGGACUCUUCUUUGAAGAAAGAUGUUACAGUGGUGUAUGCUGCAAUUCCACCCCUACCAACCCCGCCCGAUACAAUCAGACUCGGUAUGCCAUCCCCUCAGUUUUUCGACCCACCUCAAAAGAGUCCAAUGGAUCCGGUCCAAAACCUCGCCGACAAUGGUACUAUGGACAAGGUGAACGGAGGUCCGAAGUCUUCGAAGACAGAGAAUCUGCUGAACAAGAUAGAUGAUGCAGUUGCUUCAGCGCAAGACCCCAAAGGUGUUGUUUCCACCGUAGUCCAGCCCGUAAAAAUGCUACUUGAAUCGUCUGGUGCCAUGAAGGCUAUAGAGGCCGGCUUGAACUCAUUCAUGGAGGAUAUUCCGUGGUUGAUGAAGGGUCUGGAUGAAGUCGCAAGGAUUCAUCCCGUAGUUACAGUUGCGGUUCUCGCCUUCAAGGCCGUCUACAAUAUGGAAUUGACCAGACGAGAAAACGACAAACGUAUCCGAGCACUGUAUAUCGAGAUGAAAGACAUGAUGGCUGUUCUCAUACAGCUGAGAGAUGUCAAAGAUACGAAUGACGUCGGCCCCGAUGGCAAGACCAUUGAAGCCAGACUCCAAGCCUUGAUAAAGCAGACCGCAGAGGAUAUCAAGGAUUGCGCAAAUGCAUGCGACACCUAUGCGAAAAAGAGGCUACUUGUAAAAGUGCUUAAAGGUUAUUCAUGGGAGGCGAAGCUUGUUGCCUUCGUUGGCACUUUCACGAAGCGACGAACCGACUUCGAGCAAGCUUUGGCUAUCCACACCGCCAGAGCCGUCGAAGCCAUCCACGGCGAUGUGCACAUUAUUCAGGCAUCUGUGGAUGCAGUCAAUGCGAAGUUGGAGCUCUUCACCAGGCUGUUCGAGACGUUCGUGCCUAAAGAACUGACCACCAUGAAAGAGAAGGUCAAAGAGAAGGGAGACAUUACAAUCGUUCUCAGCAGUGAAGCCGCGCUCAGGGAACUCAACGAUUUUGAGAACAGUCUCGACAUCCAGCACAAGAAUGACCGCAGCAAGAAGCGUUCCGACUUCACUAUGAAGGACCUCCGGGAAGAACUGCGUUAUGAUUUCGAGACCUCUGUACGGAAGAAUCUUGAGACUUUCGCAGGCAAAUUCGAACUUUAUCAAAGACAAUUGAAAGACGAAUUAACGAAGACCAUCAAUGAUGCGAACAACAGGAUUCUUACCGCAGUCAAGGAGGGGCCUCACGAUAAGAUCAGGAACUCAGAAUUGAAGUUGAUUUGGAAGGAAAUGAAUUGGCGACGAAACGUGAAAGCUCGUCUCUUCGUCAUGACACUUCGCGAUCAUUUCCGAGAGAAGGUUCAAGAGAUUAAAUUGAUCGCCGCUUCCGACGCAGAGUCUUCGAGAGAACAAAGCCGUACUGACGACUGGGCUCUCGAAUAUAUCUCCGUCACUUGGCUCCAGCCUAUCAUGGAAGCUUUUGACGAUGAUGGCUCCGGCUACAUAACCAUAACAGAGGUCAACCAGUUCACUGAGUCUCUACCAACUGAAUUGGGAUGGAGCUCGCAACACUGGAUUGCAUACUGGGCUGUUGGUUUUCAACUCGCUGCCACGAAGUAUAAGGAGAAGAUUGAACAUAUUCUGGCUCUAAUGUAUGGGCUUCGCUCACGUCUUCUUCCCGAGAACCACUAUUGGGCGGAUUACUACUUGAGGAAAGUUUGGUCAAGUGUCGUAGAAAUAACUGCUGGACUCCAGACUCCAGAUCUGCCAGAUCACUUGGAGGCUAAAUUUGAACCGUAUAUCAGUCACGAAGAAGAACGUAUCAGGAAAAAUCUUCAGGAUAUUCGUUUCGACAUCGAUGCAUUAGAUACGGUUUAUGUUGUUGCAGGUCCGGGAAGGAUUGAGAAGCACCUUUUAGCUUUGAUCUAUCUGCUCCUUGACCGAGAUCUCAAACUGUUUCGCAUCGCUCAAACCAAGAUUCUACACGAGGAUGAGCUAUGGGACUCAGCUGAUAGCCUUUUAUGGGUGACUGAUUCUGCCGUCAUUCGCGUUCACGACCUUGCAGAUCUGUACGAGCAGCAAAAGAUGGAUGUCGAUGCUCAGUUGAAAACGGUCGCAUGCGGAUUGUUCUCAAACUUGCAGGACCUUUCGGAAAUCUGGUCUACGACAAAUACCAACACCCAGCACUUCCCAUAUACUGUGUCCAAUGAAGAACUUGACGCGAAUGGACCGGAUGCGGAGCUGGAGACUCUUCUAAACUACCCUCUGCCUACUGAAUACCCUCUCUCGACAUUUGUUUACGAGACAAAGGAUGAGGUCACUGCGAGCCCGGAUAGCUCCCAACCUCAGGCUCCUAUGUUCGGCCAGUGGAGCGGAUAUGUCUACACUCAGGAUGAAUUCCCGGAAUUUUUAGUCUGGUCCUGGAUCUUUGAAGCUGUUCCGGACGAUGAGAAUGCAUUCCAGGCUUCGGGGGUCGACUAUGAUGCCGACCCCUACACUCUCAAAGGUCACUAUUCUCAAGCCGAGAAUGGAGUCAUUGAAGCGGAAUUCAUCAUCACAUACGAGUCAGGAUAUGCGACGGAAUACUACAAGGGCCACCUUGAUGAAGCGGGAUCUUUCACAGGAUUCAAGGGUGUCGACGAGAACGUUUCGGAAGACAACCAUUCAAGCCUCUUCAUAUUUAGGAGAAUUUCACCAGAAAUUAUGGUUCACCGUCCCAGUCCAAUGGAACUGGCCUCAAACAAGUACCGCGCACUCUGGAAGUUCGCGUUGGAAGCGGUGGUGACACAAACUCGUCGCCGGUUGUGGUCCUGGUCCUUCUUCCGCGAGAGGCGCGAUCUUCGGAAACGGUACAUCGAACUGAACAUACGUCUCUGGGAGUUCGGGCCUCCACUCGAUGAAGAAGAACGCGCCGCCUUCUUGGCAAGUCGAAGAGCGUUGAUACCAUAUGAUGCACUAUUUUAUCUCAGCAUUCGCAAGCAUAUGCUGAGUAUCAUACCCAAGCACUUUGACUUCGAGUGCGAUGGAUGCAAGCAACCCAUGGGUGGGGGACGGCUGAUUUGCUUGGACUGCCGAAGCGACGCGCCACAACUAUGGCAAACGGUUGAUUUUUGUGCCGAUCCUCGAUGCUAUUCAGCAUCUGUUACACAGGAGCAGCGCUAUUAUCUGGAAAAGCCCCAUGUUCCAACUCACGACCUCGUCAAGAUACGCACCUUCGUGCAAUGGGGAGAUCUUCCUGCAUUGGACCAGACGGCGAGGGCAGCACUACAGCAUUGCAGACAACGUAUGGUCGCCUCAGUUGAGACCCCUUCGGAAGAGCCCAAAGAUGCAGAGUCAUCUGCAGGUUCGGAGGAUGUUUCAGGCCCGAAGUCGCAGUCGGUGCAUUCAGAGGGUGCGACUGAAGCUCCGGCCACUGAUGAUGUUUUCCGUUGUUUCGCCUGCCACACUGUCACUGAAUUGCCUUGCUGGUAUUGCACGCAGUGCACAGAUUGUGUCAUCUGCGAUUCGUGCGAGGCAAAGUCUCUUCUGCCUUGUGUUACUUGUAGUGAGCCUUUCGUACAACCCUCAUGGUACUAUGGAUCGAACCCCAAGGACAACUUUAUGUGCAACGUCUGUUCCGUAAAGGGGCUUGACCCACCUGCAGAAAUGCAGAAAGAUUGUCUCCACACUUAUCUUCAUCCUCUAGUACGAUGCAAGGAGCGUAUAGACGACCCAGUCGAGCCUCCUGAGCCCACUACAGAGGAUCGACUUAUUUUGUUGGAAUCGUGCGUGCGCUCGAUACAAGAGAGCUUGGGUGAUAAGUUUGGGUCCAUGGAGACUGCGCUUUGUUCGUUACAGCAGACGAUGAGUGCUCUAAUGGCUAAACUGGAGUCACGAAGCAAUGGUCACGCAGUUUAAAACAUAAUGUGUAUUUGUUGUGUAUGUAGUGCAAGUGGAAUAAUCUACCCUCUUUAACGGGUCUUCGAUUUCGGGUACGCGUUAGAGCAAGAUGUUGCGCGCCGUUGCAUUGUUUGAAUACAGCUUAUGUUUAUGAUUUUCCUUAUGCUCAUUUGUAACCGCC